GGAUACCGGGCCGCAGAGCAGACGACAUCCACCGAAAGUCACUGCGUUGCCGUGGGCAAACUAACUUCUUGAUGUGAAGCAAUCCCAUGAUGCAACAUGUGUCCCCAGCACCAGCAGUGACAAUGAUGGCCACCCAGGGCGUUCCUCCACCAUCGUACCAGGAGAGCCAACAGAUGACGGGCACCACUCAGCAGAACACCAAGACCCCACAGGUCCAUAUCCCAGCAGCCUCUGCAGCAGGAAAUACCUCUGUCAGUGUGACCCUCGACCCCCAGGCCCAGCUGGAGUCUGACAAGAGGGCAGUUUACAGACAUCCGUUGUUCCCCCUGCUGGCGUUGUUGUUCGAGAAAUGUGAGCAGGCUACGCAGGGAUCCGAAUGCAUCACAUCAGCCAGCUUUGACGUGGACAUCGAAAACUUUGUGCACCAGCAGGAACGAGAUCACAAGCCCUUCUUCAGCGAGGAUCCUGAGCUGGACAAUUUGAUGGUAAAGGCCAUUCAGGUGUUACGAAUCCACCUGCUGGAGUUGGAGAAGGUCAAUGAGCUCUGUAAGGACUUCUGCAACCGCUACAUCACCUGCCUCAAAACCAAGAUGCACAGCGACAACCUCCUCCGUAACGACCUGGGAGGACCGUACUCUCCGACACAAACCAGUCUUAGCAUGCAACAGGAACUAAUUCAGACCUCCUCUCCAUCCAUGACCUCUGUCUCCAGCUCUGUUAACCCUUCAGGGAUUGUGGUGCCUGCCGGGGGUCUGCAACAGGGCAACGUGUCCAUGACUACCAUCAACUCCCAAGUGGUGUCUGGUGGGACCCUGUACCAGCCGGUUGCCAUGGUGACAUCACAAGGGCAAGUGUUAACACAGGCGCUGCCGUCGGGAACCAUCCAGAUCCAGAAUUCACAGGUAAACGUGGACCUGUCAUCCCUGCUGGACAAUGAAGACAAGAAGUGUAAGAAUAAGAGGGGGGUCCUGCCCAAACACGCCACCAACAUCAUGCGCUCCUGGCUGUUCCAGCAUCUCAUGCACCCGUAUCCGACAGAAGACGAGAAAAGGCAGAUCGCAGCACAAACUAGUCUCACCCUUUUGCAAGUAAACAACUGGUUUAUUAACGCGCGUCGGCGUAUCCUCCAGCCGAUGUUGGAUGCCAGUAACCCGGACCCAGCUCCGAAGGCGAAGAAGAUGAAGUCCCAACACCGUCCCACACAGCGCUUCUGGCCCGACUCCAUUGUGGCCGGUGUUCUGCAGACGCACAGAUCUCAGACAGGAAACGACAACCCGCUGAGCUUGGACAGCCUCCAGUCGCUGUCGUCGGACUCGGCCACCCUCGCCAUGCAGCAGGCCAUGCUGGGAGCCGACGACUCCAUGGACGGCACGGAGGACGACGACGAAGAAGAGGAGGAGGAGGAGGAAGAGGAGGAAGGAAUGGAGGAGGAGGACGAGGAAGAGGACGGGGAAGACGAGAACGACCGGGGCAGGCAAAUGUCCGGCACAGGGGGAGGAGGUGGAGGAGGGGGAGGAGGACGAGGGGGGAGGAGGGAUCUGAGUAUGGAGCACCGAGAGGAGCUGGAGUAAUCAAACAGGAAACCGGAACUUCCACUUCGCCUGCAUUUUACAGUUUAUUUCCUACUUGGGACGACUCGAACGCUAAAUGACUCCUCAGAGCAUUUACGGGCAAAUCCUCCAAGACUCAUGAGACUCUUCUGCAGAGCCACAUGGAGUCCAAUCAGACACAACGACCAUGAUAACCAUGAUAAUUAGAGUAAAAUAUUAGUUAACUAUGUACUGUAUCAUGUCAUUGCAGUCGACCUCCUGGACGUAUUUGGAUAGUAGCACAUUUUUUUGUGCCAUACAACUUGGUAUUCAUGAACAAAUGGAGCAGAAAAGGUUGAAGGGUUUCCCGUCAGUUCUAAUUUGAGAACG